AUGUCGUCCGACGAUGUUGCAGCCGAAGUAGCAGACAUUGCGUACAAUCUCGAGCUCAGCUACGUACAAAACUCCUGCAUGGUUGCGACAGCAGCGCUAUUAUCCUAUGAAUACCUAUGCACACUACCCCAAGAGCUCGACGUGUUGUGGAACCGCAGAAAGACCGGCGCCACGAUACUAUUCCUACUCAAUCGCUUCGCGACCGCAGGCUUCGGCGUUGCAAUGAUGCUCAUAAUUCCAAACUAUGACACAGUACUUAUGUGGGCGCUCCAUCCCGCGGACGUCAUUGUCCUCGUGGUGACGUGGAGAAAUACGUACAACAUACAAAAGGAAGCCAGCGUUGUGAACCUGAGAACGCCUACUAUCACCCUUCUUCUGAGAGAUGGAACAAUGUACUUCACGUUGCUCCUCAUCCUGAACGUACUGCAUCUAGCCCUCGAAAUCACCGAUGUCUUCUGGGAUAUCACAUACUUCGUCACAGGAUUCUCAUCAAUCGUCAUCUCACGCUUCCUCCUCAACCUACGCCAGGUACACGCUGACGAAGAGCGGGAUGGCACUCAGCCGUCCUUCAUCGCGUCUCAUGUCUCGGGACUGAACUUCGCCUCCACCAUCAUCGGCAACCUCGGCGAGCACCUGGAUCAUGGCAACUUUGUCACGAGCCCAGCAGAGUUCCAACAUUCAUACGGCGAGACGGAAGGGGCCACGGGGCCUGACGACUUGGAGAUACCUCGUGAACAGUGGCCCCCGGGCUCAGAGCCGUUCGAAGAGGGGAGCACGUCGUCGCCGACUCAGAGCGACGAGAUCCAUACACUGGCUUGA